AUGGAAGAUAACAGAAGUCUAGAAGAAGAAUGCAAACCUGAACCUGGAAUGUUUUAUGAAUCGUUUGAUAAGUUUUUCCAAUACUAUAAGAGCUAUGAGAAUAAAAUGGGUUUUGAAGUUGCUAUAAGAUCUUCAAGAAAAGGAGUUGAUGGGGAGUUGAUUUAUGCAAAUGUGGCUUGUUCUUGUGGUGGGAAGCGAGACAGUAACUCCAGAAAUGUUUGUAAAAUUGUACCAUUAACACAAAGUGGUUGUAAGGCUCGUUGUACUGCAUCUCGACGUUCUGAUGGAAAAUGGAAAAUAGUGUCGAUCAUCUAUGAGCAUAACCAUGAACUCAGUAGUUCUAGCAAAUCUAGAUUUUUCAAGAGCAAUCGGAUUAUACAGCCGUAUGUGAAAAGGAAGCUUGAAGUAAAUGAUAGGGUUGGGAUUAGACCUAAUAAAAAUUUUAAUUCCUUGUUAGUUGAAGAUGGUGGUGCUGAGAAUUUGACUUUCUUACAAAAGGAUUGUAGGAAUUACAUUGAAAAGGUUAGGAGGACCCGACUUGGUGCUGGGGAUGCUACUACAAUCCAAAAAUAUUUUCUAAAUAUGCAAAAGGAUAAUCCAACUUUCUUCUACAUUAUGGAUUUAGAUGAGGAUGGUCGAUUGCAGAAUGUUCUAUGGGUGGAUGCAAGAAGUAGGGCUGCAUUUAGGGAAUUCAGCGAUUUUGUCACAUUCGACACGACAUGUUUGACUAACAAGUAUGAUAUGUCAUUUGCUGCGUUUGUCUGUGUUGACCAUCAUGGCCAUUCCACAUUGUUAGGUUAUGGGUUGGUCUCCCACGAGGACACACAAACUUUUGAAACUGAUUCCAAUAUCCAAUAUGUAGUCAAGGAAGAUGUAUUGGUUGGAAAGAGCUACCGUCAUGUUCCUUUUGUAGUUUGCUUUGGUGAACGUGUUUCUGAGACUAGGAGUUCCCAAGAAUCAAAAGAAUCAAUUGAAGCUGGUGCAUAUGCGAGUAAUGUCCACCCACGUGAAGCAGGAGUCCUUGUAUUAAGUCAGGGUUACAGUGAACUGUCUGUCACUUACAGGCCAUCACUUGCAGAUACAAAUUAUUGA